CCCUAGACUUAGGCUUGUCCGCCUAUUGGGACCGUAACACAUUUGGGGGCUCGUCCGGGAUGAAUCCUUCUUGACCAGUGGCAGAUUUUUUUGAGCAAUACUUGUGUGGAGGUCUGUCUUCUUGCAGCCUGUAUUGCUCCUGUCUUCUGCCCUGGCGUUUUGGGCGCUGGUGUGCGCAUUGGUGGCUUGUGUCAGUACUUUGGUUGGGGGCAAUUUUGGGCCUCGUACUGACACUUUGUCUAAGCCUUUGAGGAUUUAUCCCAUCUGAUCAGUAGCAUUGUUGGGGCAAUACUUGUAUGGAGGUCUGUCUUUUUACAGACUUUAUUGCCUGGGCUUCUGUUGUGGUGUUUUGGGUGCUGGUAAAUGCAUAUACUUUUUUUUUUUGGACACCAGUUGCUGUUUACUCCCUGCCUCAAAGUUUCUGUUCUCCCUCUUUUGCUCCUUUUGUUUAGCCCCUGUGUGUUGGGUUUUCUUCAGUGUUGUACAGCCAGCUGUAAUAAAGUACUGCACCAAGGAUCACCCAUUUUGGUCCAAGUGAAGUUUUGUUGGUGUGAGGGACUUUCGGUAAGCAGUCCAUUGUAAGCAGGAUGAGUUUGCCAAUGGGCAAAGCUUCUGCUGACUUCCUUCGUUUGAAGGAGCUUGAGGUCGAACUGCUCCGUUUGAGGAUCAGAAAGAAGGAAAUUGCUUAUGAGGUUGAACUUAAAAAAAUUAAAGAGGAAAAUCAAAGGCAGAUUCACUUCAAGAAACUCGAACUGCAACGAGCUACACCUGUUGCACCACCUCUUUCCUUCUGUGUCCCACCUUUCGAUGUGGACAAAUAUGUUAACUUCAUUCCCCCAGUUGGUGACAGGGCCAUGGAUGAUUAUUUUGCUCUGUUUGAGUGUGCUGCUGAGGUUUUGCGGUGGCCUAAAAGUGUCUGGCCACUUUUGCUGCAAAAAGUCCUUCCUGGGAAGGCCCAGGAAGCUCAGGCAUCCUUGUCAACUGUGGACAGUGGAGAGUAUGAGAAGGUGAAGGCUGUGGUGUUGCUUUCAUACAAGUCUGAGCCAGAGGUUUGUGGAGUGAAAUCUGGACAUCUUGGUAAGACAGGGGAUGACCUGGCUGAGGAAAAAGUGCUCAAUCAACAUGUUGCUCCUAGUUAUAUAAAUCCAAGUUCUAGUGGCAUGGUUGUACAGCAUCCUAAGGUUGUUCCUGUGUGCACCACUGCUGAUGUGCAAGCAGAAAACCUGGGUCAGGAUAAGUUUGAGGACUUUCCAGACCUCAGUGACAGCUUCAUGGCUCACCUUGAAGAUCCUGUCCAGCAGCCAGUUGCACUUCAUGCUCGCAUAAGUGGUCACGAGACGAGGCUCUGUGGUCUUUCUCCACCUUGUAUGCCUUUUUCUAAGACUACUUCUGUGGCAGUAACCAAAUUUCCUCAAAAGCAAAAGGUUUCGGAACAGGACCGCGACUUUUCAUCGAAACCCCUGUUUUACAUGGUGGCGUAUGGUUCAAGGACCAAAAACAGCAAUCACGCCUUGCAUGAAAGGCUUUUGUAUGAGUCUGCUUUGUUUUCUCAGGGGUCUGAUUUUCUGUGCCCAUUUCUGGUGUUGAGUGGGGUGUCUAAGAGGGCUGUGGACUGCGAUGCUCCAUUCCCAUGCAUUGAGGAAUGCAAUACAUUUCGUCUGAGGAAUAAACAUCCAGAAGCCAUCUACAGGGCAACUGAACCUGUAUUUGUGUGCUGGACAGUAAGAUCUUUACAGGACAGAUGGCUCUGCGACGAUGAAAUAGAAAAAUACCCAACCUGUUGUGUCAUUUAUGCACU